AUGCGCGGGAUUGUUGUCUUGUGUACAAUUGUAACGGCAUGCCUAGCGUAUUGCCCGGAUACAGAAACUGGCGGCUUCAGGAACAGCGUGUGGCAACCCAAUAAUGUUUUAAUAAAGUUAUUAAAUUUCUUUUACGAUAGCAUAGCCUUGACAUCAUCGGACAGAUGUUUUCUUCAAAGACGCUUCGUGUCUGUCGUCGCUUUUGCAAAAUCAAUUUUAGUAUCAAGAAAUUCUACGUGCUUGGAAAACAUCGUUAAAAUUGCAAAGGUAGAGACUGAGAAACAGUUAGAUAAGCCAGAUUCGGCGCUCGCUGGACCAUUUCGUGGAAUCAUCGAUCGACUGCUUACUGUCAUAGAUCAGCCAAUCAACGACGUACUAGCCAGUUGUAAGCCUGAUACGUUUGAAAAGGAAUGCCAGAUUACAUUGCAAAAUUACCGUACUAAAAACGAAAAAAUAUGUAAAGGUUAUUAUAAAAAUGUUGAAGUUUAUAACCGUGCCAUGAAUUGGGCAAAUCGGGAAGACAGCAUUGAUUACAUUGAAGAAUUAACCCAAAAAAGUAACAGGAAAUUAAAGGAUAUCGAAGCUCUAAAUUUCUUCGAGAUCGCUGCAACAAAGAAGUACAAAAACGCAUUAGAGGAAUUACGGAACAUCUUCAUGCAAGUGAAAAAUGAUAUUUUCAAUUGUAAUUCAUUAACUUUUAUAAAACUUUAA